UGAGAUACUACACAGAAGUCAUUUAUUAUUACCUUAAAGAAUGCUAUAUUCUACUUAGAAAGUCUCUUUAAAAAUAACUGGCAAAAUACUCCAAGUUUUGCUCUUUUUAUUCACAAUUUUGCAUGAUGACUAUGAGGAAAGGGAAAGAAGAAGAAAAGCCUUUGGUUACUUGAACCUGUAUAAUCAGCUUAUUUUGAUAUACUUUUAUUUGAGCAGGUUAGAAGCAUCUUAUAGAGAGAGUGAUACACAACCUGAGACAAAGCAAGCAAGUAAUGUUUUAUGUCAUUCUGACUAUAAAGCUCAAACAUAUUCACUGGCAUCUGUCAAUUAUUUAGCGUUUUUGUUUUUGUUAUCAAAGUAUCACAUAUUGUCUAUAUUCUGGAAUAAUACAUAGAUUAAGUAAUCACAAAAAGUGUAAUUUAAUAUGUUUCAAAAACAUAAAAAAGUAGAUGGGUGGUAUGAGGUUAAUAUUUUUGAGAUUGGUAUGAUGAUUUUUAAAAAUGAUGAUUUAAAAAAUCCUGAUGACAAGACAGGAUGCUUAAUAAUCAUGGUUCUUUUUAUAACAGUUUCCAGCCCAAAGACUCCAAAGAACACAAAUGGAGUUUACUGUGGUCCAUGUCCUAAGAAUUGGAUUUGUUACAAAAAUAUCUGCUAUCUAUUUUCUAAUGAAAGCAAAAAUUGGAAUCAGAGUCGAGCUUCCUGCCUAUCUCACAAUUCUAGCCUCCUUAAGAUAUAUAGCAAGGAAAACCAGGAUAUCCUUGCAUUGAUAAGAUCAUACCAUUGGAUGGGUCUAGCAAAAUCUACACCCAAUGGGAUCUGGAUGUGGGAAGAUGAUUCACCUCUCUCUGAUGACUUACUUUCUAUGGUUUUGGUGCAAAAAGGAAACUGUGCAGUAUAUGGCUCCAACUUCAAAGGCUACAUAGAGAACUGUUCAAAUCCAAAUACUUACAUAUGUAUGCAGAAGGCAAUUCAGUCUAAUUUUGAUUAUUAGAACAUAUGGAAUCUGGAUAAUGGAAAGACAACACUACUUAAAUAUUCUCUAGGAAGAAUUUGUUUAAAAGUAGGGAUCAUGAGGACUUCUCAACACUUAACUUCAAAACUAAAAGUCCUCUUCUUAUGGAAAAGCUUAUUGCAUAGUUUGUGAUGCAAAAUGUCAAGAGGUGAUGGCAAAAGAUAUGAGCAGAUGCAAAUAAAAGCUAUCAUCAAACCCAAAGAAAAAAUUCUGGAUACUGUACAAUGUGAGAUCAUUGCUGCUCACCCUAACCCUGUUCUCUUAAAAAAUAGUCUAUGUCAGUUUAGAACAGGGGAUGUUAACUAUGGACCCUUGUGGCAGUCUAGUGAAAUAUUUGGAUUCCUCAAAUAAUGUUUUUAAAUACAAAAUACAUUAGAGUGCAAAGGAAACCACUUAUAUUGAAAUACCAAAAUAUUAAAUCCUUAUUCAUA